AUGGCUUUUUCUGAACUCCUUGACCAAGUUCAAGGAGUUCAAGGCAGCCAGGGCCGGUUCCAGGUUCUCCAGAUGGUGGCCCUGGUGGUCCUCAUCACGUGGCUCGCCCCUCAGAAUGUACCAGAGAACUUCUCGGCCGCCGUGCCCGGCCACUGCUGCUGGGUGCCCCGCCCGGACAAUAGCACGGCCCAGGCCAGUGUCCCCGGGGCCGGACACCAGGCCCUCCUGGCUGUCUCCAUCCCACCGGGCCCCAACCGUGGGCCCCACCAAUGUCGCCGCUUCUGCCACCCAUGGUGGCAGCUCUUGGACCCCAACGCCACGGCCACCAACUGGAGCGAGGCCGACACGGAGCCGUGUGUGGACGGCUGGGUCUGCGACCACAGCGUCUUCACCUCCAUCAUCGUGACCAAGUGGGACCUGGUGUGUGACGCUCAGGCCCUGAAGCCCAUGGUGCAGUCCAUCUACCUGGCCGGGAACCCGGUGGGAGCGGCUGUGUGCAGCCAAGUCUCUGACAGGUUUGGGCGCCGGCGGGUGCUGACCUGGAUCCACCUUCAGGUGGCCGUGGCAGCCACAGCGGCUGCCUUCGCCCCCACCUUCUCCAUGUACUGCCUCUUCCGCUUCCUGGCGGCCUUCACCGUGGUGGGUACCACGCUGAACACUGGUCUUGCAGUGGCAGAGUGGACGUCAGCACAAGCCCGUGUCUUGGUGGUGACUCUGAACUCCCUGGGCUACACCUUCGGCCGGGUCCUCCUGGCUGCGGUGGCCUAUGGCGUACUGCAGCAGCUGGCUGUCUCCGUUCCCUGCUUCCUCUGCUUUGUGUACUCCUGGUGGCUGGCAGAGUCAGCACGAUGGCUCCUUAUUACGGGCAGGCUGGAGCGGGGCCUGAGGGAGCUACAGAAGGUGGCCACCAUCAGCGGGAAGAGGGCAGUGGGGGACGCGCUGACCGUCGAGGUCUUGCACUCAGCCAAGCAGGAAGAGCUGAGUGUGAGCCAGACUCCUGGCAGCUUGGUCGCUCUGCUCCACACUCCUGGACUGGGCCUCCGGACCUGUGUCUUCAUCCUGUGCGGCACCCUCACCCUCAAGUUUGCCCUUGGUUUCACCUUCUACGGCCUGAUCCUGGACCUGCAGGCCCUAGGCAGCAACGUCUUCCUGCUCCAAGCCCUUAUUGUGGUCGCAGACAUCCCACCUAAGGUCAGCACCCUGCUGCUGCUGGGCCACCUGGGCCUCCGGCCCACACAGGCUGUGAUCCUGGUGCUGGCGGGGCUCUGCAUCCUGGCCAACACGCUGGUGCCCCACCAGAUGGGGGCCCUAUGCUCAGCCCUUGCCAUGUUGGGGCUCGGGGGAAUGGGGGUUGCCUUCACCUGCUUUGCCAUCUACACCACCGAGCUCUUCCCCACUGUGCUCAGGGCCUCCCCUGGGGGCCUGUGCCAGAUGGCCACCCAAGCAGGAGCCAUCCUGGGGCCUCUGGUCCGGCUGCUGCGCGUCUAUGGCGACUCCCUGCCCCUGCUGGUGUGCAGGGUGGUACCUGUGCUGAGCGGCCUGGCUGCGCUGCUGGUGCUGCCCGAGACCCAGAACCUGCCGCUGCCCGACACCAUCCAAGCCUGCAAAGGCACUCCACCUUGA